AUGAUCAAGAGAUACACACUCUUCGAAGGGAACGCGGACAUUGCGGUCACAGACGACGGCAUGUCGUUCGAGUACUGGGCGAUGGACCCGGAACUAGGAGCGUUCGACAACUUUCCCGUCUACCACCACUUCGUUGACAUCCCGCCGCUUGCUACGUCUUCACCCCCCACUACUCUGUCGAAGCGAUGCACAUGUGGCCGACUUCAAGAUGCGCUUCCUCCGUCGGGUAUUUGUCCCUGUGGUUACAUGGCCAUCGUGUAA